GCUGGUUGAUGAAGGGAAGCGGAGCUGAGUGAGCCUGGAGGAUGAGCAGGACGAGUCGGGUAGUGCUGGCGCUGCUGUGUGUGCUGGGGAUAUCACAGGGACAGGAACAACAUGAUACAUUGGUUAAACUUGAUGGGGGAAAGUUCAAGAUGGGAACAGACGCUCCUGACAGUAAAGAUGGAGAGGGUCUACCAAAGCAAGUAACGGUGAAGCCAUUUGCCAUUGACAAAUAUCCGGUCACCAACAAGAAUUUCAGAGAAUUUGUACGGGCUACAAAAUAUAAGUCAGAAGCAGAGACAUUUGGAUGGAGUUUUGUCUUUGAAGAUUUUGUGACAGAUGAACUAAAGAAAAAAGUUACUCAGAAGUUACAGUCUGCACCAUGGUGGCUUCCUAUAGAAAGGGCAUUUUGGCGUCAGCCAGCAGGGCCAGGGUCAGGGAUCAAGGAGAAGUUGGAUUACCCAGUGCUGCAGGUCAGCUGGAGUGAUGCACAGGCCUUUUGUAAGUGGAAGGGACAAAGGCUGCCUACGGAGGAGGAGUGGGAAUUCGCUGCACGAGGGGGUCUUAAAAGCAACACCUACACGUGGGGCAAUGUAUUUCAGGCAAAUCGAAGCAAUCUUUGGCAGGGGAAGUUUCCCAGCCUGGACUCUGCUGAGGAUGGUUAUCAUGGGGUAUCUCCAGUAACAGCAUUUCCUGCACAGAAUGCUUAUGGCUUGUAUGACAUGUUGGGAAACACCUGGGAAUGGACGUCUACAGAAUACACACUACCUAGAGAGUCUACCACACAGCGUGGACAGAGGAUGUUUGUCUUACGUGGAGCAUCAUGGAUUGAUACCCAAGAUGGUUCAGCCAAUCAUAAAGCUCGUGUUACUACCAGGAUGGGCAACACACCAGAUUCUGCCUCGGAUAACCUGAGUUUCCGCUGUGUCACAGAUGUCACCACACCAACAAAACAUGGAACAGAGGACCUUUAGGAAAAUAUUGCAGUUACUACUUUAAUCACUCUGCUUGAUGUCAUGGGAAUGAAGUCUCUUCCUAAGGAAGAAGAAAUCAACGUUAUUAUUUUGGUCACCUAUGGGUGAAAUGAGAGAAUGUUGAAAUAA